AUGGGCAACCGGUUAAGUUCUCUUGUCGACUGCGUUCUGGAGUAUCUGGAUGGACUCUCUGACAUGCUGCCAGUGCGUUCGUGGCUGAAAUGGCGCUCGGACUCGAAGAAGCAGCUCUUCCAAGAGAAACUUGAGCCUCAGAUGGCUGCAGCUCGACACAAGUCCGUAGUGCGUGUGACGAGUUUAGUGGCUCCUGGACCUGACGACAUUCCGCAUCUCUUCACUACUGCUCGUCCUCUGAACGUGGAGUGGAAUCUCUGUGAUAAAGUGGACCCUGCCAGACGCGUGGACGUCGUGAGUGACCACAAACUGCUUCGGAAGCGACGUAAAGGCCUGUUUGUGGACAAGAACACGCGACUACAAGUGCAUUGUGACACCCGAACGUUGGCGCAGAAUGAGCUGGAGAUCAUGUGCUACCUCUAUAACUUCUGCGAGACAUACAAACAGCCAGUUCACAGGAAUAUCGUGCGCUUGCUUGGCUAUUAUCCCGCUGGAGAUCGACUCCACGAGAUUAUUGAGUUUUGUGAACUUGGCUCGCUUAUGAAUGCUUACAUUGAGAGUCCACAAGAAGGUCUACGUCUUACGUUUUCCCCUUCCGAAUCGGAAGUAUGUGACGCGAUGUUCCAGAUCUGUUCCGGACUUCAGUUUCUACACGAACAGGGCAUUGCACAUGGCAAUCUUGGGCUUGAAAAUAUCUUUGUGACUAGUGACAAUAUUCUAAAAAUUGGGGACUUUGAACAUUCCGUGUUUGUGGGGUCAGAUAACCAACUCCAGCCGCUAUCGAAGCUACCUCCACCUCCUCUGAAAACGUAUAUCGCACCAGAGGUCGAAGCGUUCAAGCCAGGAGAACGUCUAGAUCUUCAGAAAGCCGAUGUCUGGUCGGUGGGGAUUAUUUUCAUCUUGCUACUUACCAAGAAGCCGUUGUUUGAUGCUGCGCGAUUGGAUGACAACGGGUUUCAGAUGUUCUGUCGUGUGGGACUGCGUUCCUACUUGAAGGUCAUGUAUCUGGAGCAGUCGGCGAUCUGUAAGCUGUCAGAUGAGCUUCUGGAGUUUGCGGAGGGGCUUCUGAAUUUGAACGCGAGCUUACGGUUUACGAUGCGUGAAGCUUUGGCCUCCAAGUGGCUGAAGAACGAAAAAGGCUCUCGGAGGCUUUUGAAGCGGGAUAAUAGCUUCGCUGUCGCCUCAUUACAGGCCGAUGCUGUGGCUGCUCACUUAACACGAAUGGACAGUAAACUAGAGUGA